AUGAGUCCCAACCAAUCCGGUUUACACUUCUUGCUUGUCUUGCCUAUUUCGACCCCAGAUUAUCUUCUCUUAAAGUCCAAACACAAUGCCAGUCUCACCUUCCACGACCCUACGGAUUACAAUGCCUACUACUUCCCUGACCGCGACGUGAAGAGCGCGAAGGUUGGAGCUGCUGCAGAUGCCGGAAUUGAACAAUUGAAGUCUCAGCCCCAACUCCAAGACACGAAUGGGGAUAGUGCAGAUGCAACCGUGUUGAGUGAAUCAUCUCGCGCCGGCAAUCCGGCCGCGGCUGAGCCAGGUGGCAAUCAGCCUCGGCAUCUGGAUGUACUGAAGCCUGGCAGAUAUAAUAUUCCCGGCUUUGAAGGCGAUGGGACGAUGUCUGGCAAGCCACAGAAUACCAGCAGCAUGACGCCCGCAGAACAACUGGCCUACUAUCGACCGGAUCAGGGACAAUGGGUGUCGACGCCGCAGAAGGGACACCUUGGGACCGAUACAAAUACGCAAAUAAAGGAUGAUGCUGACGUCGAUGCGGACGACGACUUGCAUAAAGCUCUGAACAUGGAUCCGGCUACAUCUCGGCGGGCGGGACUCGGUGCUAAAGCGCGGGAGCUAGAUGUAGAUGAAGAUGCAGAGGGUGAGGAUGAGUUUGAAGGAGGGUACACGAUUACAGGAGUGGAGGAUGAGGGGGAGCAGCUGAAUUCCUGA